AUGUCAUCGCAAAACCAACCCGAUGUCAACACUCUGUUGCACAACAUGCGUGCACAGAUUUUGGCGUUGACAAUGCAACUCGCCAAGCUUCAGGAAAACCCCCCUGCGGCAGCCCCCGCGGCCGAGAAAAAGUUUAAUAAGAAAGUUGAAGUCGUUGCUGACCCCGGCACCUUCGAAGGAGACAGGGCACAAUUCGCCAAAUGGUGGAUCAAGCUCCAAAUUUGGGUCAAGGCAAACUGGGAUGCGUUUGCUGAUGACUUUGAGGUAGCAACUGCGGUGCUAUCUCAACUAAAGGGACCUGUGGCGGGUCAAUACGCCCAAGUUAGAUUACAGGAGUGCUACACCGCGGGUGUGUGGCCUGCCUGGGAUGAUCUCAAAGUGGAGAUCAAAAAAUACUUCAAACCACAGGCUGAGCGUGACUGGGCAUGUCAGCAAAUCUGUUCCUUCAAACAAGGAAAUAUGAGGAUGGACAAUUAUGUUACCCGGUUCCUAGCCCUUUCCAUCCAAGGAGGGCUUGGUAAUGAAUAUGCAGUAGAACUGCUGGAAUGCAAUGUGAACCCCCGCAUUGCAGAACAGAUCUACCUGCAGGAUACACAAAACGAGAACUUGGCCCUAGCGGCUGAGGAAGUACGACAAGUUGGUAGGGCCAUGGAGCUCUACACUAUGCACCAAGGUGGCAGGACCACCACCAAAAAUAACUUUUCCCAGAGGAGCCCUGGGUCAUCAAACCAAAACAAAAAUCAUUCUCACGGGUUCAAGCCGUUCAGGCUGCAACCAGGGCAGGGAGCCCCUAUGGAUAUCGGUGCGGUCCAAGGCGGACAGAUGCGCAGAUUCAAAGGGAACUGCUACAAUUGCAGCCAAGAAGGAUAUAUGUCCCGAGAUUGCAGAAAUAGGGUGCAGGCUGCCCAACAAAAAAAUAACCAAGGGCGCCAGGCGCGCCCCGAGAAGCCGGACAAUCAGCUCAAUACUCUGGCUGGUCGUUCUUACGACGAGAUCCAGGCCUUCUUUUACAACCAGCAGGUCGCUGAGAUGAAGGCUCAGGGAAAAGAAUUCGGAGCGUAG